AUGUUGCUAUUUUUGGCUCUGUUACCUCUAAUUUUGGCGGAAUCAUUUUGGAUGACCGCAGAGCUGUUACAAGUGGAUUGGAGGGAGGAAUGCUUAACUACCGCUGGUUGCUCUCAUUCAAGAUUCAAGAUCCUCAAAGGUAUGCUCCUACUCAAUGAGAGAAUCUCUAUCAGCUGGCCAGUUUCCGAGGAUCUUGUGCAGGUGUGCAAAUCAUUUCCUUUUUCUUUUUCUCAACGAGCAGCGUUCAAUCAUUUUGUCCCUUUGAUCCAUCCGCCACUAUCUCUGUCACAUGCAUAA